GAGUGGAAGGACUAAGAUGAGAGGAGCAGAGAGAGAGGAAGAGAAGAAGAAGAGAAAGGAUGGUCCUGAGGAAGAAGAGAAGAAGAAGAAGGAGAGCAGCUCAGUGAACGAGGAGCGACAGCUCCGCUUGGCGUCCAGGAGAGAGAGUUUGUUAAAGUCUCUGAGAGGUUUGAUGAAGUCUGGGAGAGGAGUGAGGAGGAGGGAGGCGAUGAAGAGCUCGCAGAGGAGCGGCGACGCAGCGAGGAGGAGAACAGGAAGUCAGAAGACGACCGUCAAAGAGUCGACCAGCAAGAGAACCGGAAACAAAAAGAAAGAGGGAAAAGAAUCCACGACGGAGGAGAGGCAGAAAGAGGAAGUGAAGACGUCCAGCCUGAAAACAGAGAAGAAGAAAGACGGCGAGAAGACGACCGACGACGUCACGACCAAAGAAACGGAGAGCGGGCCGAAGAAAGACGACGAGAGCAGAACGGACGGAAGGAGCGAGGAAACCAAGACGCAGAAAGACGAGAGAAAAAUCAUCGGGAAGAUCGUGAAAGCCGGCGGACAGGGAGCGAAGAUUCAGGUGAAGACGAUGAUGGGAGGAGCGAUGACGGCGCCCGUGGCGGAGCUGGAGAAGAAGAAGAAAGAGGAGGAGGAAAAGAAAAAGAGUUCAGAGAAACCUGACGAUCAAAAAGUGGAAAAGAGCGCCGAAGUGGAGAGGAAGUCUGAAAGAACGAGAGCGGCUACAGACGAGAAAAAAGACAGGAAGGAGAAACAGAAGAAGAGCGAAGACGAGGCGGUGCAAACAGCUACCGAGAAAUCCCAAGAGAAGAAGAACGAAGCUAAGAGCGAGAAACGGACGACAAGAGAGCAGAAGAAGAAGGAGGAGAGGAGCGAGAGAACGGACGAGAAGAAAGAUGAGAAAGACGCCGCCAGCGCCGAGUCGGAGAAGAAGAACCCGAGAGCAGGGAGACAAAAUCUGCAGAAGAAGAAGAAGAAGGGAAAGUGGAGAGAGCAGAAGAAGAAAAUCGAGCAAAGAGCGAGUCGGCGGACGCCGUCACGAUGAAGAACGGGCCGACCAUGACGCUGACGGACUCUACGCUGCACAGAAUCCACGGAGACAUCCGGAUCUCUCUGAAGAUCGACAACCCCGACAUCGGGAAGUGUCUGAUGGCGUUGGAUCAGCUCAGUAUGGUUUAUGUGACGUCCAAACACGUGAAGCGACACAGCGAGCUCAUCUCCACUCUGAGAAAGCUGCGCUGCUACAGAGCCAACCAGGCCAUCAUGGACAAGGCGUCCAUGCUCUACAACCGCUUCAAGAACGCCUACCUGCUGGGGAGGGGAGGAGAUGGUGAGCGCCACCUUCCUGCGCUCCCUGCUGGAGGAGAAGGAGAGGGAGGAGGCU